CAAAUCAGGUGUACCUGCCUUCCAUUAGGAGCAAAGGGGCAGACUUCUCUGCAAGCAAUGAUAGAUCCUGCAAUAACCAGCACCUUUAGGAAGAGAAAAGCACCCAUCACUCAAGGUGGAAGAAACCGAAGAUGGUACAAGUUGCUGUUGCAGUGAUGAUGAUAGUGUGGUUGGUUGCACCGGAGCUCUUGAGUGAUCCCAGCAAUUGUGCUCCCCGAAAUCUGAUUUGCUACAAGCCCUGCUGUGAAGCAGCCUUCCUCUGUCUUAUGAACUGCUCCUGGGAGGCUGGAUGUAAAGAAGAUGUCAACCAUAUCCUCCACUUAAGGGAUCAAACAGAAGGGGAAAUAAAUACAUUUGAGGUUGGAGAUCGGACCCACUUUAUUUUUAACACCGACACAGUCUAUGCUCGAAGAAAUUAUACUGUCUGGGUAGAAAGCGUGCCGAGGGACAGUUCUCCUCGGGUCUCAAAGAAUCAUACACUGUUGGUCAAGGAAGCCAUAAAAUUUAAUCCACCAUCAGCCAAGUCCAUCAACAUUUCUAGAGCGAAAGGUAUCCUGACCUUGAAAUGGCCUGGAUCCAGCACAUGUCGCUCUACACUAAGUGAAGUCAGGAUGAGACAGUUCAACCAUAUAAACUGGACACUGGGAAACUGUAGUUCUGAUGACACCACGGAGGGAUUAAUAGUAGCCACAUGUCACCUGGAAAAAAAUAUUCGUUAUGAAGUGCAGAUUCGGUAUCGAACUGAUCACUGGAGCAGUCACUGGAGCAGCUGGAGUGAAAUCCUCUUUGUUCCUUAUGAAAUCCUCAGAAGUCCCACAGUAAAUUAUACUGUGGAGUCUCUAGGAAAGGAAGGCCAGAGGAACAUAACUCUGCAAUGGGCGAGACCCUCCGUGGAGCAAGGGGUGGUGAGCUAUAAUCUGACUUUCGUCAUGCUGGCCUGCAAGCAGUGCUUUACUGGCUUCGAAAAGUACAGCAUUACCGUACAUAGUGCAACUUCGUGCCACACUGCUCUUUCUGCAGCUGAAUAUAACAUUUCGCUGGUGGCAUUUAACAAGGCGGGACCUUCUCCAGCUUAUUCCUUUAAGUUACCACCAGAACAAAAUGCAGUCCUAGGUCUCAAUUUUCUGAAUGUCAAUCUGUCCGGAAGGCAUUACACUCUGGAGUGGGAAAUGGAUGAGGACAUUGCUAACUUUUGCUUUGAAGCUCAGCCUCUUGGAGAAACCUUGCCUAAGAAAGACUGCAUGGGACCUGAAGCUACUAACGUGGUUACAGGGGAAAUUGAAUCCAACAGGUGUUAUCGCUUUGCAGUAUACAAACAUGACUUUAAAAAGUGGAAAACUUUUGGAUAUAGGUACCUUUUCCAUAGAAAUGCUUCUCUUGAAGAUGCCAUCCAUGUAAAUGUGUCUAACCAAACUGCGAAUUCUGCUGUCAUCCAGUGGAAGCCUCCCAGACCCCUCUCUGAUUGCCCAGGUCUACUGAAGAAAUAUAUCAUAUGUUGUCAAAAGGAGCAAUACGGUAACUUAACAUAUUAUGACGUCGACAUGUCACAAACAUGGUAUAUGAUCCAGGACUUGCAGCCUGACACUGUCUAUCUUGUUGGCAUCUGGGUCUCCACAGCAAACAGCAAAGACAACUGCAAAGCUUUUUAUCGAUUUCUAACCAAAGCUCCAGAUCCCAAGCAGCUACCUCUGGUGCUUAGCUUUCUAUUUUUGGGGAUUUUUGGAGGCAUCCUUUUUGUCACCAUCAUCUUCUGCCUUGGCAAAAAAAGAAUGAAGAAAUCUCUAUGCCCAGCAUUGCCAGAUCCUACGAAUACAGAAGCUGUGAAGUUCCACACCAGAGCAGAAACAGGCCAGGCCCAGGUAAAGUUGGAUUUUAUGGAACCAAUGGAAGCCAACAACUCCAUGCAACCAUUAGUUGUAGAGCCUUCAUCUGACAAAGAGGAGCCAGUUACUGAUACAACAAUGGACUUGUUGGGAUUUGUCAAAGGUACAGAAGAGGAAAAUUCUCCCAAGGAGGACGAGGUAGUCUCUGAUGAAAUCCUAUUUUCUGAAUAUAAGGGGCAAAGAUUUCUGAGUCCUGUGGAAGAAUCUGAAGAUUUUGUAGGUGUCUCUCAUGAAGAAAGGACUGGGGAUGGUCCCCAUCUCUUACUGAACAAUACUGAAGCUGGAGACCAAAAUGGCAUAUGUAUGUCCCAAGUUCCACUCUCCUUCAAACUGUUUGAUAAACUGGUGGUGAUUAAGAAUGUAGGUGAAGGCUUUGACAUUCCAUGCAGUGAUGGUACUUCAACCCAGAACUGUUUUUGAGCUUCUAGAAAACAACUUACUAUCUUGCAGACAGCAAAUCGAAAAAAAGAAACCACUCUCUGAGGAAAGACACCAUAGCCCAGAGGCACAGUGUAAUUUUCAAGAAGAUAUUUGUUGGAUUGUCUAGAAGUAGUGCUGCAUAGUUUUCUUUACCUGAGAUCUUGGACAGUUAUUGCUAGUCGGAAAGCUGACAGUAGUGGAACAUGUGGCAGAGAUAGCUUCAAUUGAUAGAUUUCACUGGAUUCAGUAUUUAACAUCAGACUUUUUUUCUAGCAUUCUGGGCCACAAGGCUGAGAAAAACUAUCCAUCACGGGGGCAGAACAUGAGCCCCCCCUCCCUCAUAUGAUGCGUCCUAUGGAGUUCAUUUUAAAGCUGCCACUAAAUUGUACAUGUUACGUUAUAUGAUAAAAAUGGAGUAACCCUUUAAUUGUA